AUGGCUUCAGUUAAAGUAGUACCCUCCCGCAAAUCGACAAAUAAUGUUACUUCCAAUAAAUCUGUGCUAGUGCUCAGCAGUUCCGAGCUCAAUAAAAUAAAAGCACAUAUGCAAUGGGCGCAUAAAGGCAUCGAAGAAGCGGAGAAAGAAAAAGCGAAAAAAGACAAAAUAAAGGCGAUAUCUAAGGCUUUGGCAGAAGAAUGGCCUAAUCCCUUGAAGAUUGCAGAAGAAAAAAAGCUUGAGCAGAGGAAAGAAGCAGAAGAAGCAAAGGAAAAACAUUAUCUGGAAAUACUCAAAGAUAAAGCAGAAGAAAGAAAGAAAUAUUUGAAAGAAUGUAAGAAAAAACUAUUUUUUAAUAAUGACAUUAUAAAGACACUUCAUGGAGCCCUCCUUCUUUCAGAGGUACUGCGAGAACGGGAUGCCCAAGUAAAGUUCAACAAGCAGUUGAAGGAAGAUGAAGCACAAAGAGAAACUGUUUAUGCUGUUAAAAUUAAAGAAGAUGCCGAAUUAUUACAUCGAGAAAAGUUAGAUGAAAUUGCAAAGAAGAUAUGCAAGUGUAGAAAAUAUAAAAGGGAAAUAAAGCAACAAAUUGAAGAAAAUGAACAAAGAAGAGAAGAAGACCAGAUAGGAGAGAAGGAAGAGUUAAAAGCUAUAAUCAGAGAUGUUCAGAUUGCAGAAGCUAAACAUAAAGAACAGGUUCUCAAGAGGAAGAAUGACACUAGAAAGUUUUAUAAAGAUGCUUUAGAACAAGAUAGGCAAGUGAAAGAGAAACUGCGAAAAGAUGAAGAGGAUGAAGAAAGGCUAAUGGAAAUAUGUGCAGCUGUAAGGCAAAAGAUGGCAAGACUGGGAAGAGACAGUAUAAAAGCGCUAAAGGAUGAGGCAGUAAAAAGGAGAAUUUUACUGGCUGAAAUUGUUGCAACAACACAGGAUUCCAUUCUUGCAGCAGAGCAAGAAUGCCUUAAUAGAGCAAUUGUAGAGAAAGAAGCAAGAGCAGAAGAAGCUAGAGAGAAAGAAGCUGCGUACAGGAGAAGACUUGUUGAGGAAAUUAAAGCAGCAAGGAAAGAUCUGUUAGAUAGAGAGCAAGAAUUUAAAAGAAAGGCUGAGGAAAUUAAAAAAUGGAAUUUAAUACAAAGAUACAAACAAGAUGAAAUGAACAGAAUAGCUGAACAAGAUGAGAAGAAGAAUCACAGGGAAAUGUGUCAAUCAGUCCGGCGAAACUAUGAUGAACAAAUGGUGGAAUUUAAUAAUGAAAUGGAAAGGCAAAAGCAAGAAGAGCUAGACAAUUUACGAAAAAUUAAAGAAAAAUGGAAUGCUGAAGACAAAGAAUUCCUUACUUAUUCUAAAGAUGUCAUUGAAGAAUCAAGAGAAAAAAAACGGAAUCUGAUACCACUGGAGAGAGUUGUGAAGGCAUACAAAAAGAAGAAUCAACUUGUGAGUAUCCAGAGAGAUGAUCCGCUGCAAAGAUCACGUGUUCCUUUUGGACCUCGGUACACUUUUGAGCCAGAGCAAAAAACAUUUUUAAAGGAGGAGUCCAUGUGGUUCCAGGUUUGAAUCCCAGCUGGGUUGGAGAUUUUCUCCAUUUGUGGACUGGGUGUUGUGUUGUCAUCAUCAUACUCUCAUCAUCAGUGAUACACAAGUUGCCGAAUGUGGCGUCAGC